AUGUUCUGGGUGGUCUGGAUGAACUAUGCUAUCCAUGCAGCUAUGUACAGCUACUAUCUCCUACGCUCUCUUCGUAUCCAAGUUCCACCUCAUAUUGCUCAAAUCAUCACCACCUCGCAAAUGGUUCAGUUUGUCAUCGCCAUAGCUGCUCAACUACAUGUCGGUUUCCUCGCCGUGACCAGUGGUGGAGACGCUUCGUAUGCGGUGUCAUUCAGAGGCUGGUCAAUUGGCGUGUUCAUGCUUGUCACCUAUUUGAUGCUGUGGAUACGGUUUUACAACAUCAGCUACUACAGCAAAGGUGGCAAGAAGUAUGUGUCGCACGUGAAGGCGGAUGGUGUCGCCAAAAAGGAACAUUGA